UAUGUGUCGCAGGACUGUCGUAACGACGUCAACGUUUUACGGCAGCAAACAUUGAGUUUGAUUGGACCUUUCAGUGCUGUAAACGGUUGUGGAAAAAACACGCAUGGAGAGAGUUUGAGACGGCGUGUGUGUAUGCGUACGUCUACAAUAAUGGAAGCUAAACCAAAAACACCCUAUUCCCCCAAAGGAGUGAAGAAGUUGAAACAGAAAGGAAAGGAUUCUCCUGGGACAGUAUCUGGCAGUAGGUCUCCUGGUAAAAAGCCCUUCAAAGCAUACAACAAGAAGGACACGAAAGGCAAAAUGGGGAAGAGUGGAGAUAACGCCAAGAAACAACAGACAUUUGCUAAAGGUGGAAAAGGCCCAAAGAGAAAAUUUGACAAAGAGGAAGGAGACAAUGAAAAAGAGGACAGAGGCCCGCAGGCAAAGAAGUUCAAGAAAGGUGGCUUUAAGCCAAAGAAGAAGGAGGAGGGAGUGCAGCAGACAGAUGAAGACCUGAAGAAAAACAGGCUGCAGAAGAAGAAAGACCUGAAAAAGAGCAGACAGCAAGCAGAUCGAAAGGACAUGUACCAGAUCAUCAAUCAGGCCAAACAAGUGUGGGGAGACCUAAGGACGAAGAAGUGUGACAGCGAUUUAAAGAGGAAACUGAUGAAGGAUCUUCACGAGCUUAUUAGGGGCAAGUACAAACAGAUGGCGUAUGCUCACGACUCUGUGCGAGUGUUGCAGUGUUUCAUUCAGUGGGGUAGCCACGAGCAGAGAUGGGAAGUGUUUGAUGAACUUAAAGAUGAUGUCAUUCUUUUGUGUAAGUCGCAGUAUGGCAAACACGUGGUGAAAAAGUUGCUGAUGUACGGGAAUAAGGAGCUGGUGGCAGCUGUGAUGCAAACGUUUAAAGGAAACGUACGACCGUUGCUUCGUCACGCCGCCGCUUCCGCCAUCAUUGAGUACGCCUACAACGACAAAGCUGUGCUUGCGCAGAGACUCAUGCUCACUGAGGAACUGUACGGAAAUAUCUUCACCAUCUGCAAGUCAUCAGUGUGCAACACCAUCGACAAGGUUGCAGAGGCCAACCCCGACAAGCUGGACCAAAUCAUCAGUGAUAUGAAGCAAAUUCUUACGCCAAUGGCACAGAAAGAGCAGGUCAUCAAACACUCUCUGGUCCACAAAGUCUUCCUGGACUUUUUCCUGUUAAGUCCUGACAAACAGAGAGCGGAGAUGAUUGAGUCAAUAAGGGAAUCAGUUGUCUACAUGGCUCACACCCACGACGGAGCUCGAGUGGCCAUGCACUGUCUGUGGCACGGGACUGCCAAGGACAGAAAAGUCAUCAUCAAAACAUUGAAGACGUACAUGGUGAAGUUUGCCACGGGGGAAUUUGGCCAUCUGGUUCUUCUCGCCAUAUUUGACUGCGUGGAUGACACCAAACUGGUCAAACAGGCAGUGUUGUCUGAGCUCUUGUCGUCUUUGGAUGAAGUCAUCAGUAACAAGUACGGCAAGAAGGUUCUGUUGUACCUGCUUAGCCCCAGAGACCCUGCUCACCUGCUGCCUGAGAUCAUCAAGGUGCUGGAACGAGGAGAUGGCAAUGCACACAGUAAAAAGGACCCGGCCCUUCGAAAGAAGGAGCUGCUGGAGGUCGUCUCCCCGCCACUGCUCGAUUAUCUCCGCGACAACGCCGCCGCCAUGGUCAUGGACAAGGCCACCAGCGUGACAGUUAGCGACAUCCUGGCGUCGGCCUGCGGCGACCUGCGGCCCGCCAUGGCAGCUGUAGCUCAGCUGGCCAAUCAGGAGCUUGUACCAGGAGGGGUUCAAGGACAGCUCCACAUGGCAGAACAUCCCGCAGGACACUUGGUGCUCAAAUGGCUCAUAGAGCAGGACGUCACUCUGCUAGAAGCUGGCAAAGAAGAGUGCUUUUCCAGGAUCCUGGUGGACACUGUUGGGAUGGAAAAACUGAGGAGUUGGGUCAAAGUCAACAGAGGAGCCAUGGUGCUCUGCAGCCUCCUGAACAGCUGUGACAAGUCCGUGGUGGCAGACGUGAAAACAGCUCUGCAGGACUUUGAGCUCGACAGCGCCAACAGCAGCAAGGGAGCCGAAAUCCUGCUUGAAAAUUUGAGAAAAUAGACACACACAGCAUCACUUUGGGUCAGGAAGUAGAUGCAAACCAGGACUGAGUCACGUCAGCAACAAAAAAAUGUCCCAACGUGAAGGACACAGAGCCUCACUGACUGAGGCUUUGUAAACAUAUCUGUGCUCCAAAAUUAAUGAAGGUCUUCUACUGUGGGCCAAGGCAAAAUCAGAUUUGGAGUGUGUAGCGUAAUCUGCUUUAAGAAAUGGACAAAUGACCUCACCGAGUGACAAUAUUAAAUUACUAUAGUACAAAAGUCAUUCUUCAGUUGUCACAAUUGUGAGGUCGUGCCUCGAUAAGCGUCCAGCUAAAAUACUACACGCUAGAACAGCAAAUGCGAACCAACCCAAGUCCAAACAGCAUCAUAAUAGGUUUCUCUCCAUCCAAGAUAAGAUAAUCAGUUGCUGUAACUGGAAGCAUGGGCACGCAGGAGACUGACAAAGGUUUUGUCAUCAGAUUUUUACACUUGUAAAGUUUUAACCAGUUUUGUCAUUUUAAACAAGUUGGUCAACAGAUGAUACACCAAAAUGCUAAAAUAAAACAUUUAAAACAAAGA